AUGCCAAAAUUUCUUGACAAAAUGAAAAAGACAUCUGGUUUGCUCAGACAAAAUUAUUUCUCACGCAACAAUAAAUAUUAUCUAACGAUUCUUUAUAUACAGGCGUUUCGGGAAGCUUCAGCCAAAAACUCUCAUACUAUGCUGAAAACACUCGUAAAAAAGAAUUUUGUCAGAAAUAUGAUUUUAGAUUGCCAGAUGUGCUACUUUUUUUUAGCCCCAUUUAAAUCUACACAAGUUAGUACAUGUGCUUCAUCUCCCUUUGAAUCACUGGGCGUGGCAGGACACGCUUUGCAUACACUGUCUAAACAAGCUCGACUUUAUUUCAAUUGUUUACAUUACGCCAUUUUGCAUUGGACGAUCGCGGUCACAAGCAGCGUUGAAAUUCUUAUUGCUGCCUUCUCUAACACUGGUGCGGAAGCUCAUACAAAAACGAGCAAAAUGAAGAGAAUAUGGGUGAAGUUUGAUCGGACACCACAGAUGUCUUCUUAUCUUGUUGCUUUCGUUGUUGGAGACCUGGAUUACAUCCAGACCUCAUCAAAAAGCGGAACUAUAAUAAGGGUGUACACUGUUCCCGGCAAGCGAUGCCAAGGAACGUUCUCACUUGAUCUCGCUGCAAAGGCCAUAGACUGGUACAAUGACUGGUUUGGCAUUGACUAUCCUCUGCCGAAAUGUGAUCUCAUUGCGAUCCCUGAUUUUAGCAUGGGUGCCAUGGAAAACUGGGGCUUAGUUGUCUACCGAGAGGUGGCACUUCUAGUCGAUCCAACCAAAUCUUCAACUCGUCAGAGAUCUCGCGUUGCGUUAGUUGUUGCUCAUGAACUUGCUCACUUUUGGUUCGGCAACCUAGUCACAAUGAAAUGGUGGACAGAUUUGUGGCUCAAAGAAGGCUUUGCUUCGUUCAUGGAGUAUCUAUUUGUUGGUUACAAUUGCCCUGAGUUCAAGAUCUGGGAACACUUUGUGAAUGAUGAGUUGGCACAAGGAUUUAACCUUGAUGGCCUACGCAACAGUCACCCUAUAGAGGUGGAGAUCGACAAUCCUUGCGAGCUUGAGGAGAUUUAUGAUAAUAUCACUUAUGCGAAGUCCAAUGCCAUUAAUCGCAUGCUGUUCUACUACCUUGGCGAACCAACGUUCCAAACUGGUUUACGAUUGUACUUGAAGAAAUUCCAGUAUGAUAACGCGGUGACCAUGGAUCUUUGGGAAUCUUUGGGAGAAGCAUCCGGACAGGAUAUUGCGAAACUCAUGUCGGGAUGGACAAAACAAAUGGGCUAUCCAGUCAUAUCAGUAACGGAUAAGCAGCAAGGCAAGAGCAGAAUUCUAUCCCUUUCUCAGCGACGAUUCUUAGCUGACGGAGGAGAGGAUUCCAGCAAUCCGUUGUGGCAGGUACCCGUAAAUGUUUCCGUGGGAUCGAAUCCAGAAGAAGUCAAAGGAAAGUUCCUCCUCGUUGAUAAAGAACAAGAAAUUGAGGUGCCGAAUGUUGAAGAAAAGGAGUGGGUUAAGUUGAACGCUGGUUCAACAGGAUUCUACCGAGUCGAAUAUAGCCCCGAAAUGCUAAAUGCAAUGAUACCAGACAUCUCUACUGCCAAAAUGCCGCUUCUAGAUCGUUUUUCAGUCGUUAACGAUCUUUUCGCCUUGGUGCAAGCCGGUCGUGCUAAAGCUUCAUCGUUCCUUUCGGUCUUAGCAGCCCUUCAAAACGAAGAAGAGUAUAUUGUAUGGCAGUGUCUUGCUGGCGGAAUUGAAGACAUCGCGAAUGUUUUGAACUAUGUUGAUGGUCCCAUCUCCAAGCGAUUCAACUCUUUUGUAAUAUCAACAAUGGCUGGUUUGGGCAGGAGAAUCGGAUGGGAUUGCCACGAUGGAGAAGAUUCUCAGCGUGGCAUUCUUCGAGCGGUAGUGCACGGUCGUUUGAUGAGAGCUGGUAAUGAUGAGACCAUCGAAAAGGCCAUGAGCCUGUUCUCCGAUUACAUGCAUUCGAAGCGACCUCUGCAUCCGGACCUACGUCUUUGUAUCUUCACAAGUGCUAUCCGAAAUGGCGGAGAAUCAGCUUUCAGCCAAUUACAACAGAUUUAUGAGAGCGUAGGAUUCCCAGAAGUUGAAAGGAACUGUAUGACAGCAUUGUCUCAAACGCAAGAUCCUGCUCUUCUCCAGCGACUUUUCAAAUACGCUAUUCAAGAUGGAAAAUGUCGUCCUCAAGACCAUAUGCUGCUCUUCUACGGUGCGAGCGUGAGCAGAGUAGGCCAGGAGUUUUUGUGGCAGUAUAUGAAGGAGAACAUAGGAUUCUUAACGGAAAAGUUUGGUGGAGUAGGAUCAUCCCUCUUCCAGAGAUGCUUGAAGUUAGCAAUUGAACGGCAAUGUACGGAGGAGUUCGCUCAGGAAGUGGAGGGUUUCUUCUGCAAAAGUUUGUCACCUGAGGAUAUGCAAACGUUAAGUCGACCUCUCAAACAGGCAACGGAAUCUGUGCGACUGAACAAGAAUUUAUUACAAUCGAAUCUUCAGGACAUCGAUGAGUUCCUUAAAUCUCAAGGCGUUUGAAAUUUGAUAAAGAAAACUUACCUUACUUGCAUGCAACUAUUCUUUUUACAAUGUUAUGGGUAUUGUAUUUGUCUGCUUCGUGUUAAUAUGACUUGAUAAAUCACUAAUAAGGAGUUGUUAGGGUCUGUUUUUGUGUACAAGACGAAAAAU